CGCGGUCCCAGUCAGUCGCAUCAAGCUGCUUUGCGGUUCCAUAUUUUUAGCACGACAAGCGCAAUCUCAACCCAACCACCAAUCCAAUGGCUCAGUGGCGCUGCAUUGUGCUCGCGCUCGUCCUUCUGGCUGCCAGUACCGUUGCCACUGACCGCUUUGUCUCCUCGAAUGACGGAGACGACGUGACGGGCACCGGUGACCAAGCCACCCCGUUUGCAUCCAUUCGCAAGGCGCUGUCGGUCGCGCUGGAUGGCGACACCAUCCGCUUGGCCGACGGGCUCUACACGGGCAUGGACAACAUUGGCGUCAACCUCGAUGCCAAGGACUUGGACAUUGUUGGCGAGAGCAGGGAAAACACCAUCCUUUCGUGUGGCAGUCUGUACGGGCCUGCGUUUGACAUUUCGUUUGGCUCCCCGUUGCUGUCGGCGAUGACCAUCCGUGACUGCUACUCCCCGAGCGACUCUGGCGCCGUCACUGUGUCUGGCAUCUCUGUAUCUGCAUCGUUCGCGGACAUGCUCAUCAAGAACUGCUCGUCUGGUAGUGUCGGCGGCGCCAUGCAGAUCGAGCUCGCCAAUGUGACCUUCACCGACGUCACCAUGGACGGCAACGCGGCGAUCAACGGUGGCACCUUGUUUAUCAUCAGCUCGUCGCAAGUCGUGCUGGACGGCGUCACGCUGGCCAACUCACAGGGCGAGAAUGGCGGUGCCAUUUAUAUGGCUGCCUCCAACCUGCUGAUGCGAAACUCGCACGUCGUGAACUGCUCCAGCCUGGGCGCCGGCGCUCUGUACCUGUCGCUCUCGACUGUCAACAUUUACUCGACAGAAUUUUUGUACAACUCUGCCCAGUUGGACGGAACCUGUGUAUUUACCGUUCAAGUCCAGCUGGUCAUGCACGAUUGCUCCUUCCGGUACAACCAAAACGUCCAGUCCGGCUCUGCCGUGCUCAUCACGGCCUCCAACCUUGUCGGCGGCGUCCAAGACAAGGUGGCCAACUGCGAGUUUAUUGGCAACAACGCCGGCGACCACGCUGCCCUCUAUGUCAAGAAUGGCGGCUCGGUGCUCGUGACAAACUCCACCUUCCGUGCCAACAUUGCACUGGCCGGUCCAGCCAUUUCAGCUUCGACGUCGGGCAUUGCCACAGUCAACAACUGCACCAUGCGCGAUAACAUUGCCACCCCCAACGACCCGCUCGUCACCAUCGCGUCGCCCGUCACGCUGAGUGGUGGCGCCAUCUGCGUUGCCAAGUCGGGCGCAGUCGUGACGAUUGUCGACGUUGUCUUUACCAACAACACGGCCCAGUACGGAGGCGCCAUUUUUGUCAUUAACGGCGGCGUCGUCACCGUCUCUGGCACCAAGACGGUCAUUGCCGGCAACCAUGCGUGGUUUAUGGGAGGCGGCCUGUUUGUCUCGGACAAAAAGUCCAAGCUCACCGUGUCCAACGCGUACAACAUGACCAUUGCAGACAACACGGCCACCUAUGGCGGAGGUAUCGCGGCGGGCGCACUGGCGACGCUGACAUUGAAGAAUGUCAUCUUCCGCAACAACUUUGCCUCAGCCAAGGGCAGCGGUGUGUUUGUGGUGGACACUGUGGCCAUGACCAACGCUUACUUUGACAACAAUCGCGCCGGCGCGCUCAACGGCGGUGUCGUCAACUACAACGUGCCGGCGUCCGCCCACACCUGCCCAACAUGCGUCGUGCUUGCAAACAACCAAGACAAUGUCAACACUGGGCCCGCAGUCGCAUCCGCCAUCUUUAGCUCUCCCAGUCAGCUUGACGUGACUGCUCAUUCGUCCAACUUGAACUUUGCGAGUGGCGGAAACGGUUCGGUCGCCAACCCCUACGUCUCGAUGGUGGCGCUCGUUCCUGGCGAUGCCAUCGGUCUGAGCAUUGCCAUUGUUGACGCGCUUGGCAACGCGCUCCCCGUGGUUGGCAGCUCGUACCGCUUGACUGCAACGUUCGACCCCAGCAACGGCGGCGCCUUGCUCGGCUAUGCUCCAGUCCCCUUCACGGCCGGCGGCGCUUCCAGCUCGUUGGCUUUUGUUGGCAAGUUUGCAACGUCUUUCCUGCUGACCAUCCAAGUGACGGACGCCUCUGCCAGCCUCAUUCCUACAAUUGCGCCGCUCGUCUUCCAGUUCAACACGACUGCCGAUUGUGGCCAGGGGGCCGUCGAGCACGUUGCCACCAUCAAUCCUCUCGUGCACUAUCCCAUUUGUGUUGAUGCGGAGCUGUCAACGGUGGAUGACGGCGCCUUCAUUGCCGUUCAAAUUGUCACGGCCAUGCUUGCGGCUGCGACACUCGGCUGUCUGGCUUUCAUUCGUCGCAAUCGAUCACAUUGGACACUCAGGUCUUCCAGCCCGCUGCUGCUCCAGUUCAUGCUCGGCGCCUCCACAUUGGUGUUUGCUGGCGUGUUUAUUAUGGGCGUUGACAGCGGCUCUGAUAGCAACUCGCUUGCUUCGCUGUCGCCCACGGCCGCGCGGGUGUGCCGCACCAUCCCGUGGCUGCUCGGCCUCGGGUUUGAUCUCAUCUACGGUGCCAUGCUCGCCAAGGCCUGGCGCAUCCACAAGAUUUUCAACGAUCGCACCCGGCGUCGUCUCCUACUCUCCGACGCCCAAAUGCUCAAGUGCAUUGUGAUUUUUGCCUUCCACGAUAUCAUUUUGAACGCUGUCUGGGUCGGUGUCAAUCCGCUGGAUCUCGAGUACAAGGACUUUGAGACCAAGCAAUCCUUGGUGACAUUCACGACCGACUGCACCUCGGAGCACUUUGGCAUCUUUACUGCCGUCUACCUUGGCAUCAAAGGCGCAGCAUUGCUCUACGGCGUGUACUUGGCUGUCAUGUGCCGCCAUGUUGCCAACCAGUUCAACGAGUCCAAGCAGCUCGGCUUUGCCAUCUACAACUUGACGUUUGUGUCGUGCAUCAUCAUUCCGCUGGUUCUCGCCUUGGAUGCGACCGCAACAGCCAUCUAUCUGAUUGCCGCCCUUGGCACUCUCUUUGCGCUUGUUGUCACGCUCGCCAUUAUUUUCGUGCCAAAGGUCAUGCGCAUUGUGGCAAACAAAGAAGAGACCAAGCCCACUUCGAGCAAGCUCACCCAGGCUCUUCGCGUCAACGUGCAAGAGGCCAACGCAGAGCAGUGGACGCAGAUUGCCAGCUUUGUCUCGCGGCUGACUUCGGCCGCCGUUCACCAUUCGUCUCGCGACUUUAACGACAUUUUCGAGAGCUUGGCAGCCAUUCUUAUGCACCUCUCACACUCGCUCAGCUACGAGACCCACAACAAACACAGCGUCUUCCAGUCCAAGGUCAGGGAAGAGCCAAACAAGUCGUCCUCGGAGCGCAAGGAGGGUGCUUCAAACACUUCGUCGAGUGUCGAGCAGAAGGAGUAGUAAUUUGGCGACAAGAUUUGUGUGUGUGCGUGUGUGAGUGCGGUUUGAUUUGUUUUCGUUUUUUUGCUGAUGUUUGAAUGUGAGAUUUGAAAAAACGGGGCCAAUUGGUUUGGCAUCUCGUGUGUUUGUGUUCUGGAUUUGAUGUUAUUUCGGUGAUGGAUGAUUUUGCUUUGAGGCUUUGAAUUCACGGCGUAUGUGCUUUGUUUUACGCGUUGUGUGCAUGUGUGUGUGUGUGUAUGAGUUGUCAAAACCGAUGUGGAUUUGAAGUAAACAAUGCUCACACCG